ACCACCCUUUCCUUUUCCAGGUUGAGCUGUCAAAUUAUUCUCUGUAGGCUUGUUUGUAAACGAAAAUAUAUAACAUUAAUCGUUAUUUGAGUUUUUUAUUUAUUUAAUAUUUAAAUCAUAACUUUAAAUUUAACUAAAAGAAGAGUUUUGUUUGAAAGAUGGAUGAAAAAGAAGAGUUGGUUAAAAAAUCAUUAUUCAAUUUUGUUAGAAAACAAGUACCUACUGCACAGCUCAGCUUGAUAGAUGACAUUGUAUUGAGCUAUGUGGUGAGCAUGGUAGAGGAGAGCGCUUUAGAAGAAGAACUGGAUGUCGAAGGGUUGUGUGAAAUGGUCUCGGCAUGUCUGCCAGAAUUUUCAACGAUUGAAAAAGAAGCUGUGACAAAGUGGCUGCUUGAUGUUGAGAGUAAACUCAGAGAAGAAAAUAAAGAAGAAGAAGCUGAUAAUUUUCAGCCUCAUGAAUCAUUUAGCCAGCUGAGUUUGACUGCUCUGUUGCCACCAGACUCCCAGAGGAUAAGGGUUCAUCAUUUAUCAGAGACGAGUGAUGCUGGGAGUGAUUCCAGUGGCGAAUAUUUUACAGAACAAAAUGAAACUUCCUGGCAUCAAGUAACACUACUUCAGGAAAUGUUUCCAGCAGCAAGUCCAGCUGAGAUUCGACACUGUCUCACAAUAGCUGGUGGAGAUGCUGCUAAAGCUGCUCAAAUAGCUCUACAUAGACAAGAAGCUGGUCAAAGUAUCACGAGUAAUCUCACUUAUCUUACGCAACCUAAUCGACGCUCAAAGGCUAGUGUAAAUGACGAAGAGUUAAAGUCCCGAAUAAUAGCACGCUACAGUUACGUUGAUCGAGACGACGAUUCACGUGAACAUCGUCCUGUAACUCCUAAACGUGAGCCAAAAAAACUGGUACGUUAUUUAGACAAUAAAAUAGUAAGUGUUAAAGGGGAGAGAUAUACAGAGAUACGUCGGGGUGGUGAAGAUGACGAUGGUAAUGAAGGAGCACGAAAGCGAGGCCACUGCCGUCCGUAACCAGUAACCAUGCCUCCACCCCCUGAUCCACCCCCUUGGAGGCAUAUCUCAUUCUCAUUUACUGUUAUUCUAUCUUACUUUAUUUAAAUCCGUAUUAUUAUUAUUAUUACUAUUACUAUGUAAAUAAUAUGUUUUUUAAAUUAUUAUUUAAUAAGCGGACAAUCACUAUCAAUUGUCACUCAAGUCACAUUAGCUGAGUCAGAAAAAUUUAAAUCUUUUUUAUAAUUUCUUUUUAUAUUUAAAUUUAUUCAGGUUGGAAAUUUAAUUAUUUGUUAUUUAUUUUUUUUUUUUCCGUGAAAAAAGAAAAAUAAAUAAUUAAAUAAAAAGUCAAAAUAUCCUACCAAGUGAUGGCAUUUUAUUUUUUAAGUGAUAAUGCAUUUUUUUAUGAGUGUGAAUGUAGCAGGCAUCAGACAAAUUUAAAGUUAACAAUAAAUAGAGUAAAUAAUUUUUUUAAAAAUUUUUAUAAAAAAUGCACUUAUUCAUUUCAAAAAUUUUUAAAUGCGCAUUUUUUAAAAAUUUAAUUUUAUUAAUUAUUUACUCUAUUUAUUUAUAAUUUUAAAUUUGUCUGAUAUCUGCUACAUUCACACUCAUAUUUUUUUCUAAUCAAGACUACAAAAAAAAUGAAAAAAAGAAAAAAAAAUAGUCAAAAAAAAGUUCUAUACACACUGAAUUGCCCAAUAUUUAAAUAUUCUCAAAUACUCUAGUUAUGGAACCUUUUAUGACCAGACUUUACCUUUUUUUUAAGUUAUCUUUGUCUUUAAGUUAUUUUUUUUAAUUUUUGACUGAAUUUAUAUCGAUGUUUUCUAGUUGUAUUUUUUUUUAAGGGGGAAAAAUCUAUGGAUAAAUAUCUAGAUAGAUUAUUUUUCGUUCUUUACUAUCAUUUAAAACUUAGUCUGCUUUACUAAUUAAGAAUUCUAUAAAGUUAUAGAAUAAAAUGAUAUUAUAUGUAUGUAAUUCAAAAAAGUAAUGUUAAUUAACGUAUAAUAUAAAUAACUACUCGAUAAUAGUAGACAAUUAAAGGAAAAAAAAAAACGUAAAUAAUUUAUAACUGAGUUUGCAUUUAAGAUGAAAGUUUUUUUUUAUGUCGAAUAUUAUUUUUUACUCUACUUCACAUUAAUUUUUAUUAUAUUAAACUAAUAUGUAGUUUAAAUUUCAAGUUAAUUAUCUCAAUCUUUAAAAUUAUUUUUAUGUAAAAUUAAUUAUGUAUACGUAUAAAUAUAUACAUAUGUUUUUUUUCUUUUUCAUGUACCGCUUUUAGAUAUAUAUUAUCUAUUUACGACUUCGUGUGGUCGUUUCGCACUUUUGAACAAUCAAAAUGUAUUAAUGUAUUGAUACGAGUAAAAAAAGUAGUUGAAAAUUAUUGAAUAUAUUCACAAGUUAGUAAGAAUGAAUGAAUUAUUUAGGUAUUAAAUAAUGAGCGUUUUUUUUUUAAUUUAAUUCAAUGUGUUGCGUAAAAAUUUUUGAAUUUGUAACAAGAAAAGUAAAAGACCUAGUACCCGAUCAGGGAACUAGUACUCGAUCAUGUAUUUGUAUAGAUAUAUUUAGUAAAUAUAGAUAUAAAAAUGCAUGAGUGAUCGGGUACUAGUUUCCUGAUCGGGUACUGGGUCUUACCUUACACGUUUUUAACGGUGUGCCGUCACAACUGAUCUCAACAAUUUUAUACCACAAGUGAUCCCUAUAAAUUGAUCCCACCGACAUCUGAUCCCAUCAACAAUUGAUCGUCAUUUGAUUUUUAUCAACAACUAAUUACAUAAUUUAACUUUUUAUUACAACAGUGAAUUUAAGUUAUUCAUAUCAUAGUAAUUAAUUAAUAAUUAAGGCCAGGAUUUUUUCCUUAAUUGAAAAUAUGACAAUUAAUAAUUAAUGAUGUCAAAUUUUUGAUAUUAUGGGAAAAAUAUUGGUCGUAUAGAAAAAUUUUUUAAGUAAAAGUUGUUUAAAAUUAAAUUUUCUAAAAACAAUGUCUCUUAUAAUUUUUCCUUAAGAUUAAUAAGGAAGCCGUAAUUUAAAAAUUAAGAUUUUCUUAAUUGACAAAAAUUUGAAUCAUUCAUUAUGAAUCUUAAUUUUGGAAUUACGGUGAAAAUAUUGGUCGUAUGUGAAAGUCAUAAGAAACAUUUUUUUAGAAAAUUAAAUUUUCUACAAUUUUUGUUUAAAAACUUUUUUGAUAAGACCGAUAUUUUCGUCGGAAUAUCAAACAUUUGAACCAUUCAUUUCAAAAUUAAGGCAAAAAUCUUGUCCCUAUUAAUAAUUGAUUAUUUUAUGAAUUUGUCAGUGGGAUCAGUUGUCUGUGGGAUCCAUUAUCGUGUGGGAUCCAUUAUCGUGUGAUUACUUGUCGGUGAUCAGUUGUCAUAGAACCGUUUUUAACACAGUAUGUAUGUGAUUUAAUUAUUUUGGCGAGAUAAUCACUUGUAAUUUCUCACGCCAUAAUUUAUAGCAGUAUUAUUAUUAUUACUAUUAUUGUUUAAUAAAAAUGUAGACUGUAUACUUUGUACUAUUAUCAAUAAUAAUUAUAAUUAUUAUUAUUAUUAUUAUUAUCAUUAUUGUUAUUAUGAGUAAUGAAAAAAUUUUGUCUGAAAGCAAGUAGACAUAAAUAAUAAGUCAAACACGAAUAUAAUAUUAAAUUACACUAGAUACUAGUUGUAAUAAAAAUUUUAAUUUUUUAUAAUUUAAAAAAAAAUUUGAAAUAUUUGUUAUCAUUACUAUUAAAAUUUUUUGAAAAGUCUGUGGUAAUUAUUAUAAAAAUCAUAUCACAGAAUUUUUUCAAACAUUAUAAUAUAAAUAAUAUUAUUAUAAUAAUAUAAAUUUAUGAAAUUUUGUUAAUUUAUAACUUAACUGAUUUUUAUAACUAACUAAUAUAUUAAUAACUUUUUUUAAUUUAUAAUAAUUACGUUUUAAGCGUAUGGAUAUUUUUCGUCUAUGAGUCCAGUAUUACAUAAAAAUAUAUAAAUUUUAAUUUAAAACAUUAAAUAAAUUUAAUAAAAUAUAUUAUAUUAAUAAAUAAUAAAUUUGAACAAAAAUAAAGUGGCAGUUGCCGAGUAUUUAUUGUCUAAUAUAAUCAUUAUUAGUGAAAUAAUAAUAGUAAUAAUUAUUAUACUAAAUGGAUAUCAAAUAAUGGGCCAGUCCUUUAUUUAAAGUUUUCAUCAUACUAUUAUUAUUGAUUAUUAAAAAGAUGAAAAUGCUCACACCAUUUAGACAAAUUAAAUAAUUGUUGUUAUAACAAUUAAAAGAUAAAAGUAACGCGCAAACAUACAGUUCAAGUGUUCGAAUUUCACUUAUUAUUAUUAUUCUUUAAUAUAAGAAUAAAAAAAUAAAAAGUAUGAAAAAGAUUUAUUUAUUUUUAAAAUUUGAAAUAAGUUUAGGCCAUGAACCUUUAGCGCCAUUUUUUCAAACCGGGUUUAAAUUAUUAUUGCUGGUAUAGGGUAGAGGUACCGUUUUUGGUCACUUUAGGGCCAGUUUUGGACACGUGAAAAAUUUAAAUAAAUUAAUUCGUAAAAGACACAACAAGAUAAUUAAUUUUUUUAAUGUAUUUAGAAAUACUUUUGUCCCCCUCUUAAAACGGUAAUUUUUGUUACUCUUUUUCAUUAAUUAAAAUAAAGGAUUAAAUGUCCAAAAAUGGAGCAGUGGCCACAAAUGGUACCUCUGCCCUAUCUAUAUAUUAUUAAUGUAUAGACUUUAAUGAUCAGUAGAUUUUAAUAAGUCGUCAUAAUUAUUAUUUUUUAGAAUAUCAAUUAUUAUUUAAUAUUAAGCAGGAAGUAAAAAAUAAACACGACGAAAAAUCGACAAUGACUAAUUAGAUUAUUAAAAUUCGCAAUCAAUGGAUAAUGUUCAAUAGUUUAAAGCGAUUAAAAAAAAAAAAACGUGAAAAA